GUUUGAAAACUGAAGUCGAGCAGAGCGCGCGGCAUUUACAUUUCCAUUUGGCCAUACCAGUGAAUAAUAGUUGUUGUUUAAAAUUCGCACUAUAAUAUAAAUAACUUGCGAAAUGGCCAGUGAGCACAGCAUGCCUGCCAUUGAACACAAGCUGAACCUCAGCGAGGAGGAUGUUCCAGCGAAUAUACGUGUCAUAGCGGAGAAGCAAGGAGAAUGCGAGCAAAGCAAAAAGGAAAUUAUAGAACAAUUUCGCAGUUAUAUUCUAGAACACAACGAGUGCCAACCCUAUCGCAACGAUGACAAAUAUUUGGAGAAGUUUUUGAGGGCUCGCUACUGGAAAAUAGAGAACAGCUACAGAUUGCUCUGCAGUUACUAUAAAUUCCGCGAGCAGAACAAGAACUACUAUGAGAAGGUGCGUCCACUGGACUUGCGCCAUUUGGGAGACGACGAUAUAUUGACUGUCACGCCCUAUCGUGACCAGCAUGGACAUCGCAUACUCAUCUAUCGCUUUGGACUGUGGCGCCCGAAUCGGGUGACUGUCGAUGACAUCUUUCGUGCCACCAUUGUGCUGCAGGAGCUAGGCUCCCUGGAGCCGAUCUCACAGAUUGUGGGUGGUGUUGGCAUCUUCGAUUUGAAGGACUUGUCUUUUGAGCACAUUCUGCAUCUCAGUCCGGGAGUGGCUCAGAAAAUGAUUGCUCUGCUAGUGACUUCCAUGCCAAUACGCACGGCCGCCUUGCAUAUAGUCAACCAGAAUUGGAUGUUUAAUGCUGCCUUCAAGAUUUUCAAACCCUUCUUGAAUGCUUCUAUGCGGGAGCGUCUCUACAUACACGGCAGCGAUAUGAGUUCCCUACACAAGUUCAUCGAUCCGGAGCAUUUGCCAAAGCGCUACGGCGGUGUACAUGAGGACUAUCCUUAUACGCUUUGGCUGGACAUGCUCCAGGAGCACGGUGGCAGUGUGCGGAAGGAUAUGGAGCAGCUUGGAUUUAUUUUUGAUCAAUAAGAAGCUUAUUAUAACUUUUAUCUCUAGAGCGCUGUUUAUUCUGAAUAACUUAAUGGCGUUCUUUUAAUAAUAUACUAAUAAACUGAAAUUUUGAUACUUUAAA